AUGGGUCUUGCGCAAUUCUUCAAGAGCCGGUCGCUCAGGGCCAAGGACGACCAGCGUACCAACGCGGCAGAGUUGACACUGAAGCAGUCCAUAUUCCCUAUAUGCCUGGUAACAGUGCUGUUUUUUCUCUGGGGUUUCAGUUACGGGCUCCUCGACACUCUGAAUAGUCACUUCCAGAAUACCCUUGGUAUCACCCAGGCUCGAUCAGCCGGUUUACAAGCUGCUUACUUCGGUGCUUAUCCGAUUGCUUCCCUUGGUCAUGCCAACUGGAUUUUGCGCCACUACGGCUACAGGGCUACAUUCAUAUGGGGUCUCUGCAUCGGUGCCCUGGUUGCUUUCCCAUGCAUCAAGGCUCACUCGUUCGGCGGCUUUUGCGCCGCCAUUUUUAUCAUUGGCAACGGCCUAGGCUCGCUGGAAACAGCAGCCAAUCCCUAUAUCACCGUCUGCGGACCUCCUAGAUACUCCGAAAUCCGUAUCAACCUUGCCCAGGCAUUCAAUGGUAUCGGAACUGUGGUUGCGCCAGUCAUGGCAUCCUACAUCUUCUUUGCCGAGCUGAGCAGCGAAGCAGCAGCACUCGCGAAUGUGCAAUACGUCUACAUCGCCAUUGCCUGUUUCGUCUUUCUCCUUGCGUGCGUCUUUUUCAUGGCUCGGAUCCCGGAGAUUACCGAUGCGGACAUGGCCUUCCAGGCAAACGAAAGCGAAGCCAAUGCGGAUAGCAAGCCCUUCCGGAAGCAAUAUCGUCUAUUUCACGCGACGUUUGCUCAGUUCUGCUACACCGGCGCACAGAUUGCUAUCGCUGGAUACUUCAUCAAUUACGUCAAGGCUACUCGUCCAGGGACCCCUGACUCAGAAUCGUCGGUUCUUCUCGCUGGUGCUCAGGCUGCCUUCUCGAUUGGACGUUUCAUCGGUAGCGGUAUCAUGAAAUACGUCCGCCCGAGAUGGGUGUUCCUCGCAUUCCUUUCAUUCUGCAUCGUCUUUGUUGCUCCCGCGAUCACCCAAAGAGGGAACAUCGGUAUCUCCAUGCUGUUCGUGACUCUCUUCUUUGAGUCUAUCUGCUUCCCUACCAUUGUCGCCCUUGGUGUACGUGGACUGGGACGCCACACAAAGCGAGGAUCUGGGUUCAUCGUCGGUGGUGUGUCAGGCGGUGCCCUCGUCCCACCUAUUCUAGGAUUAGUCGCCGACAAGAGAGGUACCGGCUUUGCUAUGAUUGUGCCGUUGAUGUUCUUCAUCGCUGCAGAAACAUAUGCCAUUGCCGUCAACUUCGUUCCCUCUUACAGGGAUUCAGCAGAUGCCUUCAGCAAUACCGAAAUUGGCUUGAGGCCCGCUACCGGCACAGAUGAGGAAACCGCCAAGGCAGCUGAUGCUCAGAAUGAAAAGACGGCCGUGUCUGAGAACGAGUCGCAGUAG